CACUCUUUCGCGUCGUCAGUCGUCGGGAUUAAUCAAUUGCUUUUGUUAAGUUUGGACAUCUGGAUUUCGUCCUCAUCCUCAUCUCCUACGAGCUCAUCUCUCGAUCGACAGCACAAGUCCCAGUCAUCCUCGUCGUAGGGCCUGCAACGUCAACCUCCAAGCGACCAUGGCAUCACAACAGCAGGCGCCGACCUUCCCACCGUCCUCAAAGGGUAUCCCCGUUCAGCUUCCCGCAGACUCUUCCGUCUGGGAUCGGAUAUCGACAUGGGUCUCUGAGCACAAAGCUGUUGUCUACACCAUCGCUGGCGUCACCGUGGCCGUGGCCGCUGGCGGGGUUGUCUACUACUCCACCAACUCGAAACCCAAUGAUGCGACACCGAAGCUGUCUAAGAAGGAGAGGAGGAAGCGGAAGGAGGCUGAGCGGAAGGCAGAGGCCUCGCGCAAUGUCGCAGGGAACGAGACCACACAAUCGUCCACGCCUCAGAAGACCGAAAGCAACGAUAGCACCGACGAGAUUCCCGAGAUCACCGAGCAAACCGUCCAGGCCCUGUCGCUCGAUGACCGCAAACACUGGGCCGUCAAGCUGAAGGAGGCCGGCAACCACGCCUACGGGUCCAAGGAUUUCAACAAAGCCAUCGAUCUCUACUCCAAGGCUAUCCUGUGCAAGCCGGAGGCAGUCUACUACUCCAACCGUGCUGCCUGCUACAACGCUCUCGCUGAGUGGAAUAAGGUCAUCGAGGACACCACUGCCGCCAUCAACCUGGAACCCGAGUAUAUCAAGGCCAUGAACCGCCGCGCGAAUGCAUAUGACAAGCUUGAGAUGUACCCCGAAUCUCUGCUUGACUACACUGCCAGCUGCAUAAUCGACGGGUUCAAAAAUGCUUCCAGCGCCGAGGCUGUCGAAAGGCUGCUCAAGAAGUUCGCCGAGACCAAGGCCAAGGAGAUCAUGGCCAACAAGCCUAGCAGGCUUCCAAGCCCGACUUUUGUUAGCAACUACCUGCAGAGCUUCCGACCAAAGGACCGGCCCGAGGGUCUCGAGGCGUCCGUGGAGUACUCGGACGACUCCGGCAAGGGACAAUUACAAAAGGGAUUGCAAGCGAUUCAGUCCAAGACAGGCGAGGGCUAUGAGGAGGCCGCAGCUGCUUUUGACAAGGCCAUCGAGCUGAACGAUCUUGGUGCUUACGAGGCGUUUGCCUACAACAUGCGGGGAACUUUUGCCUGCUUGCGUGGCAAGCACGAGCAGGCUCUGGUGGAUCUGAGUAAGAGCAUCGAGCUGGACCCGACCAUGACACAGAGCUACAUCAAGCGAGCGUCUAUGAGCCUCGAGCUUGGUGACCCCGAAAGGGCAGAGAAGGACUUCGAACUGGCGUUGCAGCAAAGCGCCGACGAUCCUGAUAUCUACUACCACCGUGCCCAGUUGCACUUCAUCAAGGGCGAGUUCGCAGAGGCUGCCAAGGACUAUCAGAAGUCGAUCGACCUCGACCCGAAGUUCAUCUUCUCUCAUAUCCAGCUCGGAGUGACACAGUACAAGAUGGGAUCGAUUGCCUCUAGUAUGGCCACCUUCCGGCGUUGUAUGAAGAACUUCGAGAAGGUGCCUGAUGUGUACAACUAUUAUGGCGAGCUCCUUCUCGACCAGGGCAAAUACAUGGAGGCCAUUGAGAAGUUCGAGUCUGCCAUCGAGAUGGAGAAGCAGGAGAAGCCAACGAGCAUGAAUGUUCUGCCUCUCAUCAACAAGGCCCUCGCCAUCUUCCAAGAGAAAUCUGACUUCGCCGAGGCCGAGAAGCUCUGCCAAAAGGCCCUGAUCAUCGACCCUGAAUGUGACAUCGCUGUCGCAACGAUGGCUCAACUCCUCCUCCAGCAGGGCAAAGUGACCGAGGCACUCAAAUACUUUGAGCGCGCCGCGGAACUGGCACGCACAGAGGGCGAGCUCGUCAACGCGCUCUCGUAUGCCGAGGCGACACGUACGCAGAUCGCAGUGCAGGAGAAGUACCCGGCGCUGGCAGCCAAGCUCCAAGCCUCCGGUCCCGGCGGUCCCGGCCUGAGAUAGGAACUUGCUCCGGCGUCGGCGGUGUCUGGGUCGGGAGACGAUCCCUCACUAUCAAAGGGCCAGGCUGUGUCUGGAGGGUUUGGCGACCCAAUAGUGCAGCUGAUGGGGGGAGGAAACCCUGCAGACUACCAGGGCGGAGUUAGACUAAGUACAGUAGUACUUGGCUGAGAGAGCACGGUUAGGGUUGAACAUGGAACAGGCGGCCUUGAACGGACCAGGAGAGAGAUUGUGUGUAUGUGCGUGUGUGCGUGUGUGCGUGUGUGUCUGGCCUGAGUGUAAUGUCAGGGAACGUGAAAAAAGCAAGGCAGACGCACAAGUUUGAGAUGACACGAUCAUUUCGCCCUUUUUUCCCCUUCUCUUUUUCCUUUCUCCUUUCUUUCCCCUCAACCAUUUGACCGGAGUCCGGCAUUGAUGAUUUGGCUUCCCUUCAGGCUUGAAUGGAGUAAAUACCUACCUCUUUGAUUCUUACCCUGACCCUUUUCACGUACAUCGCGGCAGCACAGAAACGGGCGGGGAACGAGGAUGACAACAUGGGAGGAACAAGGCGGGGGUGCGUUACGAGGCAGAAGGGGACAAAGAAAGAAGAAGUAUAUACAUACGCUCACAUCAAACCAAAACUAAACCAUCCACUCU